AUGGUCUCCUUGCUUCGGAACCAGCGGUGGCCGAGGAGUGGUCUAAGAGACGACGUCUCGCUUGCCACAGCACAGCAUGAUCCAACAACCUUGACUCAUACCAGGCCGCCUCUAGGAUUCAGGACUCUACAUAAGAACGUACCCGGACUGGACUGGACUGGAUUGGAUAGGACAUCUCACACCCCGCUUCUCUUGAUGCCAAAGAAGCGCAAUCACAACUUCAAGCAGCUCCAGGGCUGCUCCUCUUCAAGCAGACAGACAGCCCCCGCCAGUCAUGGCGAGGAUGGCAACAAACCCUCCGUCAACGAACGGCUGAGCGAGCUGCGAAAGCUCGAGGGCAAAGAUGCUGCUGCGCGGAAACGACUAAUGGCCGAAUCGGUCAACCAAAGGUCAGUCCCACCGGAAGUGCGAGGGAUCCUUGGAGUGCCUGAGAGUGCUCCGCCAAAGCCAAAGGCUGGAGUGAGAGCGCGAGACCGGUUGAGGACUCCAGGUCCUGCGCCGCCGAAGAGCUGGCUGGCGAGCUCUGCUGCUUGGACGCCUACCCUGGCCAUGAGAGGCGGGAGGAAGAUCGGAUCACGAAGUGCUAAUGCUCCUGAUCGUCACAGGCCGAAGGAGCUGCUGAGAUUCGCUCGAUUGACCGGACUUGACGAGCGGGCUGCCCACGAGAAGCCGUCAAGCAUGAUGCAUCUCUCAUUGAAGGCCAUUGCGGAGUCGUUCUCCCUGUUCGAGGAGGAAGACUAUCCUGCACUCGUGGAGGUGCCUCUACGCUUGCGGCUGAAGCUGCUGCCCUAUAUCAGCUGCUAUGGUCUUCCGAUUACCUCAAGACAAUUGCGGGCAUUACUACAGGGUGACGACAGUAUUCGGAAUCUAGAUCUAGGUGGCCUGAUCGGACACGCAAGUCUGACGGUCAAGAAGCUCGGCCGAAUGAUCGAAGACGAGCAAGAAAAGAGCUCUCUUGACGUUCAAGACGAAAUCCUGGACUCAUGGGACACAGAAACACUGCCUGAGAAAAAUCUCCAACCGUGCCCCUCAUUGGCUCGCUUCUCCAGUCUCACACAUCUGUGCUUGUCUCACCCUGGACCUGGAGCUUCGUGGCGAGAUCUUCUGGGUUUCAUGAAACUUGUGCCGCAGGUGACACAUCUAUCUUUGGCAUACUGGCCGCGACCCACGCUCACCCCAAAUCUGGCGACAACCACCGUAUCAAGUCGGCAUGGUCCUGAUGUCACGGCUGGUGGGUCUCAUUACUACUCUACCCUGGACCAAGACAUGACUGAGCCUGCGACUCUUCUGAAGCAGCUGAGCGCGCGGCUCCUAUGCUUGCAGUGGCUUGAUCUCGAGGGCUGCCACGAUUGGUUUCCUGCUUUGAACAAGCUUGCAAUGGACGUUGGCCCACAUCCAGAACAACAAUCUACCGAUCCAUUCGCUGGCGAUGCAUGGUCGGCAGUUGCGCCGGGGCCUCCAUCGGUGCUUACGACCAAUUGGAAGAAUCUGGCUUAUGUCAGGUGCUCUCAAGGCUGGCUUCCUGACAUGGCUGGAGUCCAGGCAGCACGACCAGACAUGGCGGGCUGUAUGAUCCGAAGUAUAGUUCUCGAUCUCGUGGACAAACUCCGUGAAACACCGGUCUCAUCGCCCGCCCCUGAUACAUUGGAGGUUGGGAAGAAAAGAGCUGGGCUCUGGCUGGAGACUGAAUUCAAAAUCAUGCGUACUUGCUCAGCGAUCAACUUUUUGCGUCGCCAGAAGGGUUGCACAACUAUCGAGAUGGAUUGCGGCUGGAUCAAGAGAUGA